GGGGGAGGGGGUGGCGCGGCGGCUCGGCCGGGGUCACGCGCCCGAGUGCAGGCAGAAUGGGCUUGGGGCUCUCGGGCCUUGCCGGGAAGCUGGAGUCCCGACUCCCAGCCAGGGGCCCCACCCGGCAUUGCGGGGGCGGGGGGCGCUCUCUGCAAAGGGGAAACUGAGGCCCAAGGAAUUUGGGUACUUUUCCUAAAGUCACAAAGCUGAGUCCGACCCACACCCUGGGACCCCCCACUCUCUCUGUCACUCGGAAGAAUCUACCCCAUCCUAGUCUUCUCAUUCUGUCCUCCGAGCUUCCCAGUAAGGUAGGCAGGGCCUGAUGGUGCACAGCCCCAUUUUAUUGAUGAAGACAUUGAGGCCCAGAGGGUUCCAGUUCCCUUUCUGUUUGUCUAUGGGCAAGUCUUUCAGCCUUGUAGAGUGCCUAUUGGCGGGUGGUUUUGAGGGUGCAAGAGGAGGCUUUCAGUGGGUGUCUUGGCUUUGGGCAAGGCUGGCAUGUGUCUGCCUUCCUGGACUCAAUCUAGUCUCUCCAGCACACAGCCUCAAGACCACCCUUGACACCUUCAGCCACGCUAUGCGUGCCCGAGGCCCCCCCGGCCUACCGUCCCCGGCGCUGCCUCUAGCCUCCUCCGUCCUGAUGCUGCUCCUGAGCAGCCUGUGGCUGGUGGGGGCUGGCCCCAGCCUUGCCCUGGCCCCGGAGCUGCUGCCUUGGCAGGCGCACCGGCUGCUGACCCAUGCUCUGGGCCACACGGCCCUACCCGGCCUGCUCCUGAGCCUGCUGCUCCUGCCCACACUGGGCUGGUGGCAGGAGUGCCACCUGGGCACGCUGAGGUUCCUGCAUGCCUCUGCCCUGCUCGCCCUGGCUGCCGGGCUCAUGGGGGUGCUGCUGGCGGGCCUUGGGGUGUCCAGUGCCGCCGGCGGCUGCGGCUACAUGCCGGUCCACCUGGCCAUGCUGGCUGGGCAGGGUCACCACCCUCGCCAGCCCCAGGGGAUCCUGCCACCAUGGCUCCUGCCCUGGCUGCUGCUCGCCUUGACACCACUGCUCAGCUCCGAGCCACCCUUCCUGCAGCUGUUCUGUGGCCUUCUUGCUGGCCUGGCCUACGCAGCCGGGGCCUUCCAGUGGCUGGAGCUGUCGGACCGGCGGCUGCAAGCACUGCAGGAGGGCGUCUUGUGCAGGGCCCUGGCCGGGUGCUGGCCGCUCAGACUCCUUCCUACCCCAGGGGGCCGGGCCGAGCUGCCUGUCACCCAUCCCGCCGGAGUGAGGCCUCCCACCCCUGGACCUCCUUACAUGGCCUCCCCUAGCCUCUGGUCCCGCGGUGAAGGCUCGGCCCAGCGCCCGCCAGGCCUGGAGCCUGUGCAGCCGACCUGGGAGGGCUCCUCAGAGGUGGGCCUGGCCUGGGCCGGGCCCAGCUUCCCCCCAGGGACCCCGCUGUGGGCAGCCCUGGAUGAGCAGUUGCUGCAGGAGGGGAUCCAGGCCUCACUCCUUGACGGGCCAGCCCCGUGUUCUGAGACCCCGCUGUGGCUGCCUAAGUCCUCCGUCUCCUCUCUGCGGCUGCAGCAGCUGGAGCGCAUGGGCUUCCCCACAGAGCAGGCGGUGGUGGCCCUGGCGGCCAGAGGCCGAGUGGAGGGCGCUGUGUCGCUGCUGGUUGGCGGGGAGGUGGGCCCUGAGGCCCUGGUGACACCGGGGAGGGGUGGGCCCGCUCACCCUGAGGGUCCUGGUCCCCCCUAGCCCUGUCCGCCCGAGAGUCGCGGUGUGGUGCGGGAGAGCCCCCUCCGGCACCCCACGCUGGUACUGUUCGGAAUAAAGACUAGGUCAUCUUUCAGCCUGGA